CCAAAACCUCAGGCCACACACACCACUUUACCACCACAACACCCAGCCCCAGCAAACUCACACAGAAGCAGCAGCAGCAGCAGUGUAGUGCCUGCAGCAGCUGAGGCCAAGCAGGAUGAAGAAGCUUCAGGCCACGGCCGCCCUGGCGCUCCUCCUCUUCCUCCUCCUGGCGCCUCCCGCGCUCCGUGUCUCCAUGGCCGGAUCAGGGUUCUGCGACGGCAAGUGCACGACGAGGUGCUCCAAGGCGAGCCGGCACGACGACUGCCUCAAGUACUGCGGGAUCUGCUGCGCCGCCUGCGGCUGCGUGCCGUCCGGGACGUUCGGCCACAAGGACGAGUGCCCCUGCUACCGCGACAUGACCACCGGCCACGGCAACCGCACCAGGCCCAAGUGCCCAUGAUCAUGACCACUCACCAUAGGCUAAGCACCCAUAUACAUGGCUACAUUCUCGCACACACCCUAACCAUGACUCCAUGAGCAUGGAUGCAUGUGCAUAUAUGUUUGUGCCCUUGAGAGAUCUGUGCCCUGCGGGUGCUCUGCUUCCCACCUGAACCUUCUGGUUUCACUCGCUGCUAGCCUGCUCUGCUAUGUACGUUGGGCAAGAAACGGAGCUGAUGUGGUGAUGGUAUUAGUGUUGUAUACUGGCCAGCUGGUAAUAAUGAUGUGUAUUGUGAUAAUAAAGCCUUGACUUAAGAGCUAGUAGAUGAGAUGCUAGUA